CCACCCCGACCAGACCAAACCAUUCCAAUCCCAUCAAUCUCUUCAUCUCUAAUAUGUGUUUAUUUUGUACUCUUUCAUUCAUUCAUCUCUCAAAAACUUAUACCUUAUUUAUCAUCUCCCCCUUUUUUCCCCCAUCUUUUGUAAGCUAGGUCUUUUCAACUCUCUUCCUAGCUACAUAACAUGAUGAACAUUACACAUAUUUCUUGAUUUUGACUCAUACUUUUACUUCUAAUUCUUCGAUCCGUAUUUUCUGACCUAAAAAGCUUAUAAGAAAUGUCACUUGACAUGACAUAUUCCUCCUCUUCCUCGGAACGUGUUUGCUAUGUUCAUUGCAACUUCUGCAGCACAAUUCUUGCGGUUAGCGUUCCAUGCAACAGUAUGAUGACAAUAGUGACAGUAAGGUGUGGACACUGCGCAAAUUUGCUUUCUGUUAAUAUUGCACCUUCCCUUCAGUCUCUCCCCAUUCAAGAUUUACAGCAGAGACAAAAUGAGUCAAGUAUUGAAGAUGGAAUGAGUAGAGGUUAUGGAUCAUCAUCCUCUUCUACAAAUUCAUUUCACAGAUUUUCUCCCAUUCCUACUGAUCAUGAUCAACCUAGAUCCCCUCCUAUUCGCGUACCGGAGAAAAGACAACGUGUUCCUUCUGCCUACAAUAGAUUUAUCAAGGAGGAGAUCCAAAGGAUAAAGGCAAGCAAUCCUGAUAUUAGCCACAGAGAAGCAUUUAGCACUGCUGCCAAAAAUUGGGCACAUUUCCCUCAUAUCCAUUUUGGACUCAAGCUGGAUGGCAACAAACAAACCAAUAAAUUGGAUCAUGCUGUUGCAGGAGAGGGUCCUCAGAAAACAAUUGGUCUCUAUUAAUUAUAAAUAAAAUAAUAAAUAAUAUGAUCUAGCUAUAUUAUGAUCACAAAUAUAUAUAAAUAUAAUAUUAUAUAGGUGAGAUGUAUUAUAUAUAUUAUAUUAAUCUCUCCAAACUAAUAAACUGUUUUUAGCUCUUUCAGCAUUAUCCCUUUAGGGCCUUGGAUUCCUUGUUUUUUUAUUCGUAUUAUAAGUUGUAACUAUUAACUACGAUUAUUCUAAUAAUAUACGUUGUUUAUUAUUAGUAGUAGUA